AUGGCACCAACAACAAUAUUGGUCAUUGUCCUUUCCCUAGCCAUCUCAACUCAAUCAAUUCUUGGUAUGGACAUCCGUUGUGAGGACCUCGACGAGAAAUCAUGCGCGUACGCGGUGUCGUCAUCUGGCAAGCGAUGCGUGCUUGAAAGUCGCCUGCACAUGAGCGGGACAACCGCGUACACAUGUGGGACCUCCGAGAUCAUGGCCGACAAGAUUAAAAACUUGGUCGAGACCGACGAGUGCAUCAGCUCGUGUGGGGUCGACAGGCAGGCCCUCGGUAUAUCUUCCGACUCUCUCCUCGACCGCAGGUUUGCCCGGAGCCUAUGCUCUGAAGCGUGCUAUAAUAAUUGUCCUAACAUUGUCGAUCUCUACUUCAACCUUGCUGCCGGAGAAGGGGUUUUCCUCCCGAUGUUCUGCGAGAUGCGUCAACCGGGCGGACGCCGUGGAAUGAUCGAGUCCAUUGGGCUUAAAAGCUCUAGGAAUGUGGCCCAAAAGCACACUUUUGGGCCACUAUCAUCAGUAUCUCUUGACGAAACGGCUUUUGGGCCGGAGUCAGCAUCUCUUUACGAGGAGGCUUUUGCUCCGGAAUCAGAAUCUCUUUACCAAGCCGAUAAUGAUGAGGACAUCUACACCCCGAGCCCGAGCCCAAGCCCAAUACCAUGA